GUAAAUAUCAGGCGAGCUAGCAGCUACAGGCUAAUAGGCUACUCCCUGUAUCAGCAGAAUAGACAAUGUUUUACCAGUCGUUAUUUAACUUAGCCGGUUGACAGUCCAGCGUGGGUUGGGUGCUUGCUGCGUAUCGAUAAGCGAUGAAUCGACAGUUUUAUAUAGUGUUAUAAAGGAGGCUCGUCCACUAAAUCAAAUCUGUGGUGACUUAGCUCAGCUAGCUUCACAGGUUAGCCUAACGCUAGCAGGCUGAGUUAGCGUCUGAAGGAGGCUUCGUUGCCAGUGACUAUGCAAGGGGAAACCACGGCGAUACGGAUCACGGAAAACGAAGGCAAGCUGGAUGUAUUGCCCCAGAACAGGACCCCAAGCUCGGGGAGAGCAAGUGCCAAAAGCUGGCAGUACAGUGACCACAUGGAGAAUAUUGAUGGCUACUUGAUGAAAUACACCAACCUUGUAACAGGGUGGCAGUACAGGUUCUUUGUCUUAAACAAUGAGGCGGGCUUGUUGGAGUACUUUGUCAAUGAGCAGUCGCGGCCCCAGAAGCCCCGUGGCAUGCUUCCCCUGGCAGGGGCUGUCAUCUCCCCCAGCGACGAGGACUCGCAUACCUUCACUGUCAAUGCCAUCAGCGGGGAGCAGUACAAGCUUAGGGCCACCGAUGCCAAAGAGAGGCAGCACUGGGUGAGCCGACUGCAGAUCUGCACACAGCACCACACAGAGGCCAUGGGGAAGAGUAACCCCCCACCCAAGUCCCGGAGCUACUCCAUGGCGUCUCAAGGCAGCGGCAGCUCACCCAUGUCCCUGCGCCGGCCCAGCCAAAACCCUGCCUCCUUAUUCGGCUGGUCGCAGGUCAACAAGGGCUCGUCACUCUACUCCAGCAAGAGGUCCCUGCUGCCAGACCACCUGAUGGACGCCAGAGAGAUGAUGACCCAGGCCCAGGGCCAACACAGAGACCUGAUCCAGAGCAUCGAGGGCCUGCCUGCAGCCCCCGGCCUCUCCCCUCUGGACCAGGAUCUGCUGAUGCUUAAGGCCACGUCCAUGGCCACCAUGAACUGCCUCAACGAGUGCCUGCACAUCCUGCACCUGCAGCAGGUGGCCAGGCAGAGAGGUUCCCUCGGAGGACCCACCAUCGAGUGGCUGGAGCCCAAGCUGCCCGACAUCCUGAAGAAUGGCAGCAGCUCCCUGGGCAGCUUCACAACAGGGGAGGGCCCACUGGAGGGGAGCCGUCUGGAGCUCAGCAGCCCCGAGUCCUGCAGCUUCUCUGGGGAACAGGAAGACAUUGAUGCAGAGGAUGAGGCAGAGGACUCCUUUACCGACAAAGAGGAGGACCUGGGUGCUGUUGAGGAGGAGCGCAGCGUCAUCCUACACCUGCUGUCCCAACUAAAGCUGGGCAUGGACCUCACACGGGUUGUUCUCCCCACCUUUAUCCUAGAGAAACGUUCUCUGCUGGAGAUGUAUGCCGACUUCAUGUCACACCCGGACCUCUUUGUGACCAUCACCGACGGCAGCAGCCCGGAGGACCGCAUGGUCCGGUUUGUGGAGUACUACCUCACCUCCUUCCACGAGGGCCGCAAGGGCGCCAUCGCCAAGAAGCCCUACAACCCCAUCAUCGGUGAGACCUUCCACUGCUCCUGGAAGGUACCCAGGAAAGCAGAGGAGCCCUCACAGGGAAGCCCCGAGCCGGCCACCUCCCAGGACCCCUACCAAGUGCGCUUUGUGGCGGAGCAGGUGUCCCACCACCCUCCCGUGUCUGGCUUCUAUGCUGAAUGCCAGGAAAGGCGGAUGUGUGUGAACACACAUGUGUGGACCAAGAGCAAGUUCAUGGGAAUGUCCAUUGGUGUAUCCAUGAUAGGGGAAGGUUGUCUAUAUUUGCUGGAGCAUGAUGAAGAGUACACUUUCACGCUGCCUUGUGCAUACGCACGCUCCAUCCUCACUGUUCCCUGGGUGGAACUGGGCGGCAAAGUCACUAUCAACUGCGCCAAGUCGGGCUACUCGGCGGUCAUCACCUUCCAGACGAAACCAUUUUAUGGUGGCAAAUUACACAAGGUAACAGCGGAGGUGAAGCACAACACCACCAACGCAGUGGUGUGUCGUGUGCAGGGCGAGUGGAACGGUGUCCUGGAGUUCAGCUACACCAGCGGAGAGACAAGGGUGGUCGACGUCACCAAGCUGCCUGUUACAAGGAAGUGCGUUCGGCCGGUUGAGAAGCAGGGACCGACUGAAUCCAGGCGCCUGUGGCAGCAUGUGACGGAGUCCUUACGACAGAAGGACAUCGAAAAAGCCACGGAGCACAAGAGGAUUCUGGAGGAAAGGCAGAGGACAGAGGAGAGGCACCGGGCUGAGACUGAAACUGCUUGGAGGACCAGAUAUUUUGACAGAGAGGGUGAAGGCUGGGUCUAUCACAAACCACUUUGGAAAAACUCUGCAUUCAAAUCCUAGUUCCCACCGUCUGUAUCUUGGAUGUUGAUAUUGUAGAUUCAGGAAUGUGUGUGUGAGAGUGUGUGUCUGUGUGAGCACACACACACACGGUUAUGAAAUGAGAGCAUGACCCGCACUGACGUACAGAUGAAUGCAACAUGGGGGAGAAGGACAGAGAGACAGCAUGACUGAAGGUGUUCUCAAAUGAUUCUCAUGAUUUUCACGAAGCCUCCAAGUACAAGCUUUUGUACUGCUGAUCAGUUUGUUUUUUGUUUUUUUUUUAUAAUCCAAUGUCAAUGAAAACAUAUUCUUGUGCAGGUAAUGGUACUAUAUUUACACAGCCUUAAGAUAGUCUGAUCAACGUUUGGGGAUACGCUGAUCAACCUGGAUACGGUUCAUUUCUUCUUCUUCACACUAAGGUCAAUAACUUUUGAGGAGUACAUUCUGAAAGUAAGAUAUCCAACAUAACAAAAAAUUGGAAUACUGCCUGAUAAAUGUAAUGCUGUGAAAAUGUUGUAAAUUGGAUGUAAUGUACUGAAAUGCAAAGUUGCUGUAUAUGAUCUUCAUCUGUGUUGGAGCGCCUGAAAGCUUUGCUUCAAAUCAAAGUAUUUCCCACAUUAAACAUCAAGAUAAGCAAUCAAAGUUUAACAAAAAUCUAGGAACUAGCUUCUGAGAACCUAUUUUCCCAUGUUUUUGUGAUUAAGUGACAAGUGGGACUUUUUAAAAUUUGAACAGUGUACGUCCACUAAAAGUGCUUGUUUUUGCCACUGACAAGUUCAUAUUGUUGCUUGUUGUUUAAAGGUAUACUGUGAAAAAAUUUUUUGACAGUUAUCAUACCAUGUAGAUUUGCCCAUCUCCCCUAUAUCUUAUUUAUUUUCCAAGGGGAGAAUUUUUUUUUUUACACACUUCCAUCAACAAAAUGGUUUCAGGUUUCAAUUACACUUAUUAAUGUUUGUUAAACCAACAACAGCCCAUCCGUUUUCUCUCUUUAAGAGCCAUUCUGACUGAUAAUUAUAUAAUUUCUGUAAUACCGUGAUACCAUGAAACUAUUUUCUGAGACGGUUAUCGCACCGCGAAAAUCUCAUACUGUUGCAACCCUCCUAACAUCAUUAUGGAAAGGAUCCCUCCAGAGACCAUUUGUUUGAGCAGAAACAGCCUUGAAAUCACUGUCACCAAACCCACCAGACUCAAUUUAAAUAAACAGUAAUUUGAGCGUGUAUAGUCAGCAUAUUUUCACAUCUAACUGGGUAAAUUGAGGUUUUAUUUCAACCAAACCAGAGUUGGUGAUUAUUGAAAGAGUGAAAAGUCGAGCCAAGAAGGCUUUUGUGGGUUUUUAUUUUGUUUCAGUCAACAGUGAUUAAAGUGUGUUUUACAAUGAUAAUAUUAUUGUUUAUUUAAAUAGAGUCUGGUGGGUUUGGCGAUAGGGAUUUCGGGGCUGUUUCAGGUAAAACAAAAUGGAUCUUACUCUUUAACAAAAAGGCCUGUCUCUGUAGGGAUCCUUUCCAUAAUGUCGUCAGAUAACAAUCUGAGCCAGUCAGAGGCAAAAACGAGCACUUUUAAUGGAUGUAAAUUGACCAGGAGCAGUCCUGAAAUCGCUAUCAGCAAACCCACUAGACUACAUUUAAAUAAACAGUCAUUUUAGUGUGCAUAAACCCAGCAUAUUUUCACAUCUAACUGAGUGAAUUGAGGUUUUAUUUCAACCAAACCAGAGUUGUUGAUUGUUGGAACAGUGGAAAGUCAAACCAAGACAGCAUUUUUGGGUUUUAUUUUGUUUCUGUCGACUUUGAAUGAAUUGUAUUUACGAUGAUGAAAUGACUGUUUAUUUAAAUGGAGUCUGAUGGAUUUUAUAAGAGUGAUUUUUGGUCUGUUUCUGGUCAAACAAAAAGGAUCAUAAGGUCUAAAUCUGUAGGGAUCCUUUCCAUAAUUUCCACUUAUAAUAACUAUCUGAACUAAUCAGCGGCAAAAACAAGCACUUUUAAUAGACUCAAAUUGACGGUGUGAACAUGCCCUGAGUGGUUACACUACAGCCUGUUUAGCCGCUGUUGGCUGCAGCACUCUUGCUCAAUGCAGGACCAGUUUUAAAACUUAUUCCCAUUAGUCACUUAGACACAAAAACAUUGGUUACCCUUUACCCUUUAAUCUUGACUGGUGCAUAGAAGGAUGCGACUUCACCUUUUCUGUAAAUGAGUCACGCCCACUUCAAACCCUGUGAGGGGAGCACAAAGAAAGGAGAAAAACUUAAACAUAAAAAUGUAAAGUAAGCAAAACAGUUUGGCAGAAUAAUAGUCUGAAAACUACCCUAAUAGACUGAAACUGGUGGAGACCAAAGGGGGGGCAGUGGGUGCUGUGUUUCCACAUGUUAAAUGCUAAUGCAGCUAGCUGACUGUAUGUCAGCAAAGCCAACAGAACAUAAAAUCAAAGGCAAAACAUUUAUAUCACUAUCAUCAAAAGCUAUCAAAAGCUAAAGUCACUAAAACUGACAUCCCCAAUCAUAACCUUGGUGGACUUACCUUUUUCAAAUGUAAAGUAGGCUUAGGAGAGCACCCUGAUGACAUCGUCAGGGUUAUGUUUCAGACUUAACAAAGCUCCUCCAGAGCCACAGAAAACAUUGCACAACUUUUUUCACAGACUAAAGCCCCGGCUCCACCAAACACUUUCGGUAUAGUACGUUUUGAACCAAAAGUAACUCUUCGGACAUGGUACCCAGACCCUAAUGUUUCCACCACAAACAAUACUCUUAAAUGUUUGCGAGGUUGUUGUCACUCACUGUAUGUCCUCAUUACUGGUGACACAGAGGGAAGUCUCCACGUUUAUCGUCCACAGAACGAGGUUGCACGGCGACAUUUUUCCGGCUGCAGUGAGAGUCUUUCUCCAUGGGAUAUUUAAAAAUAGCAGGUUUGGGCAUUUAGUUCCUCUCAGGCAAACUCAGGGGUAUAGUGCUGCCGGAGCCCACAGGAACAAUGCUCCACAAUGCUUUUUUUUUUCCUCCGAGUGAGGAUUACAAUAUAUGCAGUUCACAUAAUCUGGUUGAAAUUCAUAUAUAUAUAUAUAAACACUUGAAGAUCCACUCAUUAUAAAAGUGUAUGUCAUAUAAAAACUAAAGCGAUGGUCAAAGUUGUCACAAUGAAAUUUAAGGUGUUGAUGGAUUCAAGUUUUCAGCUCAUACAUUGAGUAACAUUACUAGUUAUGUUCCACCUUAAAAGUCGCCGGCAGUCAGCACAGUGAAUUAUUUUUUUCUCUGACUCCAGCUGCUGUGAGAGGCAGCAAAUCAUCCUUUCAUUUUAUAGUUAGUCUAUUAAUAAAACUCGGUAUGAACAGUGGUUACAUGAGCUUCAAAACCAGCCACAACUCAGCCCUGAGCAGAGUGACCGUCCACUGUUGACCAAUCAACAGACUGCAGUGUUCACAGCUCCACCUUUUAGUACCAGAUCUGUGCGCUUGGUACCCCAACAGAGGGGUGACCAAAAUGGGGACUGUAUGGAAAUGUCCCAUUGGUACCAUCCACAACUUUUCACGGAGAUAAUGGAAAACAAAAGCGUAUUGAUUGAACUGAACAGUACCGUACUGCUUGGUGGAAACGGGGCUUUAGGUACUUCCUGUGAUGAGUAAACUGAUCUCCGCUUGUAAAAUUGGUGGAAUGACCCUUUCUCUCAAAGUCAGAAGUGAUGGUAUUGCUUUAAUUUGGUUGAUAUCAGGUAAAUUGUGUCCAUUUAGAUACACAUUAACAGCAGUUAAUCUCUGAAUUCUCAUUUAUGAAAAUAUUUGAUGCAGUAUUGAUAUUGGUGUAUUGACAAAGACACUGCUGGAAUGGAAUGUCGUAGAUUAGCUGACAAACAACUAAAUUUUAAAUGAUGAUUGAGUCACUUGUGAAUGCAUCUACCCCCACUAUUUGUGUCUUUCUCCUUUGUAAUUGGUUUUGCAGUGGAUGAAAGAACUCCUACAUGCAUGAAGGCAAAGUCUCUCUGUUCACAUUGAUUGCAGUAAGUAUAUUACUCCCGUGUCUGCAUUACUUCGAUUUAUAAAUGUCUGUUGUAAAAGCUUUUAACCAAAUUUGCUUGUUUUGUAAUGCAAAUAAAUAUUAUUUUCUUCGAAUGCGUAUUUAUCCACCAUCUUUGCGCUUUAAUUGCUCUUAUUUUUAGAGCCACUUUUUGUAUAGAGAUGUUAAAAUUUCUUGUUCCAUCAGUGUUUUUGUCAUCUUUUUUUCAUUUGGAAGUAAUUCCAAUCUAUACUGUGAUGCACGUGAUAAACCUUACUUUGUCCCUCCCACCCCCACCCACCCACCUAGCCUCACAUUCUCAAAGCAGCCCAAUAUCAAGUAGGACGCUCCUAUUCUCUACAGAAAGAGGAAAUCCACCCUGCCAUUGAUAAGCUACUCCCUCCACGUCUUGGUGCCUUAUGCAAACUCUUUCUGUGUGUGUCUUCCAGCCAAGGAGCACAGCAUUCUCGUCAGUUAUUUACCUGAUUGAAGCAAUGGCGUAUGUAUUAUUUCUGCGUUUGUGUGUGUUGUUCUUUUUAAGAUUCAGUGCUUGAUGUUCAUAGAAGUCGACGAAGCACUUUUAUUCUAGGUUUUGACAUUUUCUUGUUUUUGGAUUCUACUGGUUGUCUUGCUGACCUAUGAAAUGCACUGACGUUGAAGGAAACCUGAUGUAGAAAAAUGGUCAUGUGUGGAAAAUAAUCAAAUAAAUUGCGUAUCAAUUGUA